UCCUAAUUCUCUAUCAUUUCAUUGUUUUGUUCUUUACUGAAUUUAUAUAUUUUAUAAAUCUCUUUCCAUCCUGAGUAUAACCGGUGAUAUUUGUCUUAAAAAUGGCUAUGUUCCCAGGAACAGUAGCCUUCGAUGAAUAUGGGCGUCCAUUUAUAAUUUUAAGAGACCAGGAUAGACAGAAAAGGCUUACCGGUAUUGAUGCACUGAAGUCUCACAUCCAAGCUGCUCGUCAGAUAGCUGGCAUCCUACGUACAUCCCUUGGCCCGAGGGGCCUUGACAAGAUGAUGGUCUCGUCUGACGGUGAAGUGACCGUCACCAACGAUGGAGCAACAAUCCUCAAGUUGAUGGAUGUGGAGCAUCAGAUUGGGAAACUGAUGGUGCAGUUGGCUCAGAGCCAGGAUGAUGAGAUCGGAGAUGGGACCACUGGUGUAGUUGUCUUAGCUGGUGCACUUCUGGAGCAAGCGUCCAUUCUUCUGGAUAAAGGUAUCCAUCCCAUCCGCAUUGCUGACGGUUUCGAAAUGGCUGCUGUGACCGCUCUACAGCAUCUGGACAGCAUCAGCGAAGCGUUCCCCGUGAACAAGAACACGAGGGAGAACCUGAUUAAAGUGGCCAUGACCACCCUGGGCAGCAAGGUGGUGGUCAAAUGCCAUAGGCUGAUGGCGGAGAUUGCUGUUGAUGCGGUGCUGUCCGUAGCUGAUCUGGAGAAGCGCGACGUGAACUUCGAGCUGAUCAAGGUUGAGGGUAAGGUGGGUGGCCGGAUGGAGGACUCCAUGCUGGUACGUGGGGUCGUCAUAGACAAGACCAUGAGCCACCCGCAGAUGCCCAAAGUUCUCAAGGAUGUAAAAUUGGCCAUCCUGACUUGUCCGUUCGAGCCGCCCAAGCCGAAGACCAAGCAUAAGUUGCAGGUGGGCUCCGCGGAUGAAUACCGCGAACUGAGGCAGUACGAACACGAGAAGUUCCUCGAGAUGGUCCGGAGGGUUAAGGAUGCUGGUGCUACUCUGGCCAUCUGCCAAUGGGGCUUCGACGACGAGGCCAACCAUCUCCUGCUAGCAGAAGACCUGCCCGCCGUCCGCUGGGUGGGAGGUCCUGAGAUGGAGCUGAUCGCCAUUGCCACUGGUGGAAGAAUAGUGCCCAGGUUCGAGGAACUCACCACAGACAAGCUGGGCUCUUGUGGACUGGUCAGGGAACUGACGUUCGGUACCAGUAAGGAGGAGAUGCUGGUGAUCGAGGAGUGCUGCAACUCCCGCGCGGUGACGCUGCUGAUGCGUGGCGGGAACCGCAUGAUCGUCGACGAGGCCAAGCGCUCCGUGCACGACGCGCUCUGCAUCGUACGCAGUCUCGUGCAGGAUUCCCGUGUGGUGUACGGCGGAGGCGCCGCCGAGAUCUCAUGCUCGUUGUCCGUGGCCCAAGCGGCCGACAAACUGUCAUCCCUCGAACAGUAUUCGUUCAGAGGAUUUGCUGACGCUCUCGAAUCUGUACCACUGGCUCUAGCCGAGAACAGUGGUCUGUCGCCAAUUGACACGCUGUCGGAGGUGAAGGCGCGACAAGUUGCUGAGAACAAUCCUUACCUGGGUAUCGAUUGUAUGGGCAAAGGCUCAAACGAUAUGAAAGCAACAAACGUAAUCGAGUCGCUACACUCCAAGAAACAACAGAUAGCGCUAGCGACGCAACUCGUCAAGAUGAUACUCAAAAUCGAUGAUGUACGCUCGCCGGCCGACUCCAUCGACUAGAACUGAAUCUAUGGGUAGUUAUAUAUAUAAUUAUAGCUAUAAACGUAUUAACUAUACAUUUAUAUUGGGAAAUAGAAAAUCGUCAAAAGUGUUUUACCUAGGAUUGUGUUUAGUAAAAUGUAUCGUAAGCAUACGGUACAUAAUAAAUCUAUAUUAAUAACGUGUUAAUAAUUAGUAAACGCAGUUUUAAAAUAAUAUUAAAUUCUAUUUUUCACUGUAAAUGUGUAGUAAAUAUAGUCUUGUUUCAUAUAUAAGAAAAUGGUUUCUCUAAAGAAAACUUCUACUUUGAGAACAAAGUGAAUGUAAUUUAUUAAUGAGACAUUCAACUACUAAACCUAGUUAGGUAUGUUUAUUCAGUUUUUCAAAGCAGAUUUAUUAGUUAUAUUUCCUUGAAUAAAGUUACACUAUACAUAUUCUGUAGAUACUGAAUUAUAAUCUCUAAAUUCAUACAGUUUAGAGACAAUUUUCGAAUGAAUGAAUCAUUUGAUCUUUCUAGAAUUAAAGGAAUAUAAUUUACUUUACGAAUAUUUUGUUUUAAUUAAGAGACUGGGAUGUGUCUAUUAUAAGUCACUACCAUAAGAUUUAGUCUGUAUCUGGAUAUAUUCUCAUAAUCAGCCAUUUUGUUGGUAUAAGCAAAAACAAAAUGGCGUCGAAUAAACAGAUCCUCAUAUUUAGAAUUUCGUUAAUCAUUAUUAUAUAACACUGCAUUUUUUAAUUCUGUCCAAUUCAUACAGAAUGGAACACAGUGGUUUUAUAUGAGCAUUGUUCA